CUUCCCUUAUGCUUCCAGGUACGAAAUAAUGUUCGCCUGCUGGAGAGCAGAUCCCCACGAUCGGCCGGCAUUCCCCGAGCUCAGACUCCGCCUGGAGAAGCUAUCGGAAAGUUUGCCCAGCGCGAGGGGAUCCGAAGACGUUAUUUAUAUCAACACGAGCUUGCCAGAGGAGAGCGAGGCGCUGACGGAAGAGUCCGGAUUCCCUCAGAUAGACCUGGCUCUUGAGCCCUGCUACGUAAUCGCAGAGUCCUUUUCCCCCAAGCCAGACGCCACGGUUGUCACCGUGGACGUCCAUCAAAGCAGGCAGCAGGAGGAAAGGUAUGUCCUAAAGGCGGUGACGGAUGAACAGACUGCCAGCUCCGUGCCUCUGGAGGAGGGGUGCACGCCUCUUCUGCAGGGCACCGGCGCCCAGAACGGCAUCACGUGGUUACCGGCCAACAUGCUGCUGGGCAGCUCGUUAGCAGACGAACUGCUGUAUGCAGAUGACUCUUCUGAGGACUCUGAAAUUCUGCUGUGAAAGGAGAACAGGAGAAAUGAGCUAGUGGGGACCAGCAGUUUGCAGCGGAGGUUUCGCUCGGCGUAUUUGUGUCUUGCGGAAGUACCAUUACAGGGUGGCUGGGCCAGUCGAGCUGUCUGGCAAGUGGCUAUGGAAACACAAGCUAUCUGAACUUGUACAAAGUGGUGCCGUAGCAGCUCGCGCUCUCCGCCACCGCGCCUCUUGCUGGUCGAUCCGGGAAUUCGCUCUUCUCCAGCUUCCCAGCCCCUUUCCUGGCCAGUGUCUCGCCUCUCUGCCCUUAUCUGCAAUUCUCCAGGUUCUCCACCACGUGGUGCCCCUUCCCGUGGGUACUGCCACGUGGCAGUGUCCAUGAUCUGGGGUCCUCCCCUCCCAGGGAACCCCAUUACCCCUAAACCGCCACUUGCCUCAGUGCCCCACUGCCAUUUAUCUAGCCCCUUCCCUCAGGGGCAAACUGCAAUCUGAAGGGGUCGCUUUAUCAUUGACCAGCAUGGUUGGACCUGCUGCCAUUCCUGCCUGGCUGCCCCGUACCUCCCCAGGCUCCCGUCGCUGGGCCUCAGCCUGGGGGUUAUUCAGGGUUAUUCAGAGCUCCCCAGCUUGGCCUGCCUUUCCCCCGUACCCGUAGCUAGUAGGCAGCUAGAUCCAUCUCGCUCCUCAGCAGGGCUGAGACUGAGCUCCCUUUACCUGGCUAGCCUCCUUAGGUGUCUAACCGGGCCCUGAUUGGCUGUUCCGAGCCUUUUCCCAAUUGGCUCCCAGCCUCAGCCCUCCCCCCAAGGCUUUUUUAACCCUUUUUGUGCCAGUGUAGGGCAACUGCCCCAUCACAUUUGUCUGUGUCAGGGGUCUGCAACCUAGGGCUCUAGAGCCAACUAUGGCUCAGUACGGAACCAAACAUGGCUCUUCUGUCAUUCCCAAAAUACACACAACUUUUUAAAUUACAAUGAAAAAUGAAUUCACGUUUUUAAAAACAUGUAAUUACUCAUGUCAAGAUGAUUUAUUUGUAUCAAUUUCAUCUUUAAGUGUUUGUUUUAACAACCAUCCAUCCUCUCUGCUCAUUGGAGGUUGUGCAUAUUCUCUUUUUAUUUGAUUGGUCAAGAAAUCUUUCCAUCAUCCAACGUGAUGGUGAACUCUGUAACCUCCAACAGUAAAAAUGGGGAAGAAAAAGAGAGAUGCUGAGUAAUGAAAUUUUCAGAGGGAGUGGAUGGACUUGUCUGCAUUUGUGGAGAGGUCUGAAUUUCCACACUGUCUCAUUUAUAGCGAGAGACUGUUCGCAAACAAAAAACCCAAAUUUAAUGACAAAAUAUGUAGAAUUUGCUACAAAAUACCCCGAGGGUGACACAUGAAAAAAAGCCUGCGAGAAGCUGCAGCGAAAAAUGAACAGUGGACAAAAUUGCCUACUGGCAUGGUCAAAAAAAUAUGGGAGCUUAAACUCUGCAAGUUUGGGGGCUCAUACAGCGUUAUUCGGGAGGGGGAGCCUUUCACUGAUGGGGAUUAUGUUAAGAGAUGCAUGCUAAAAAUUGGUCAAUUAUUUGACGAGUUUCACAACAAGGACAAAAUCUUACAGAAAUUUCAAGACAUGCCAUUAUCAGCAGAACCAGUUCACGACAGAGCUGUGAUUAGUGACAAAUUGAUCAGUGACAAAUGCAAAAUUUGAGUACAGCUACUUAUUUUUCAUUUGCUUUGGACAAAACAACUGACAUGUGGUGUUCAUCAGUUGUGUAUUCUGGGAUGCUAUAUUUGUGAAAAUCUGCACACAAAUAAUUGAGUGAGAUAUUACCAAUGAAAAAUCAAACAAGGGGCGAAGACACCCUUAAAACUGUGAUGACCUUUGUAAACGAGAAAGAAAUACCGUUGGAUAUAAUCUUGUGUCUGUGUGUAUGGACAGUGCACCUAGCAUUGUCGGCAAAUACAGGGGAUUCCUUACUCUUGUCAGAACAGUUGAACCGCCCACUUUGGAACUUUCGUUGCCUAGUGCAUCAGGAGUCUCUCUGUGUGCAAUUUUGUGGAACCGAACUCGGAAACGUAACAGGAUUGGUCCUUCGCAUUGUAAAUUGGAUUCUUGCUCGAGCCUUUAAUCACCGUCAAUUUCAGUCGCUGCUGGAGAAAGUAGAUUCUGAAUAACCCAAUCUACUAAUACACAGUUUUCACUGGUUAUCUCGUACCUAAGUUUUGUCGCAUUUUGCCUCCUGCAUUAAUGAGAUUGUCAUUUUUUUAUAUGAAGGGUGUCAAAUACCCCAGCUUUCAGACUGUGAAUGGUUGCUCAAGUUUUGCUAUCUCGUUGACAUUACUGGUCGUUUGAAUGAGUUGAACCUUCAGUUACAAGGGCAAAAAUAUACAGUCCUGAUUCUGUAGCAGGCAUUGUUUGGAUUGAGUCAUAAUUGACUGUCUUCAUCAAAGAUACCGAGAAGGGCAGACUGGCACAUUUUGAAAAAUUACUAAUGUUUCGUGAUUGCUCGACAAUUGGCAAAACUGCACAAAUUGGCAAACAAAUGGGCUGACAUGAAGAAAUUGGAGCACGAUGAUAAUCUGAUUCUGCAAACCUGGCACAAACUUCCUGUCACAUACACCACCAUGCAGCCUGUCAGCGUGGCCUUAUUUUCAAUGUUUGGCUGCACCUACAUAUGUGUGUAGGCUUUCUCUCAUUUGAAUCACAUCAAGAUUGACGGAAGACUGCCUGAAUGUGUGCACGAAGCUAAAUUUGACCAGUUAUUAUGUAAACUUCAAAGAAAUGUGCGGAAAGAUGCAGCAGUAAAUAAAGUCUUUGAGUACAAUUUUUCAUUUAUGCUAUUAUUAAUGAUCAUGGCAAUUAUUAGUAAUACUAAGUUGUAUAUUUUCAGUCAUGAAAAUGAACAUUCUUAUAUGGCUCUUUGUUGACCACUUUGUUCUUAAUUUUGAUGUCGUUUGGCUCUUGGGUUUGAAAAGGUGCUGACUCCUGGUCUGUAUCAAGUUACACCAGAGAGUUUGAGGGAUUAUGUUUUAAUAAAUCACAACCUGUGA